UGAAAGGGUACAAAAGGCAGACCAAAUUGAAAUUCCCUCCUUCCUCUCUUCCUUCAUCUUUCGCUUUCUCUCUUUCCCCGUGCCAACCUCUCAACCCUCUCACAGACACCUCUUUGCUCUUUUGCUAUUGCACUCUACGCACUCAAAUCACAAUUUUCAGAAUGGUUAAAGCAUUCAACAUCAAGCCCAGCUAUAUCCUUUUGGCCCUCUUUGUGAGCGCCAUCGUUGAUGCCGCUCCAAUUGACCGUCGUUCAUUGGCACCGAGCAAUUUGAUCACCAGUGCUCCUUCCACCUCCCAAGCCAAUGCCAAUGCAAGUGCCAAUGUCAAUGCAAAGGCAAACGUGAAUGCUAACGCAAAAGCAAAUGCUCCACAAGGACAAAAUGCAAAUGUUCUUAACGCUGGCUCGCCAGUCAAAUCUAGUGAUCCAAACGGCCUUGAUGCUGAUGUUGACCUUUGCGAUCUCGCUGGUGUCAACGGCUUGGUCAACUCAAAUUGCAAGUCAUCCACCCCAACUCCAGUUCAAGCUUCCACAAACACAAAAGGCGGCGUUCUCGAUGUUGGUUUGUUGGACGGCGAGAAGGAUGGAAGCAAUGAUAGCAAUACGGCAUCGGUGAAUGUUUUGAACUCAGACGGUAGUCAAGAUGGUGACAACGCUUCUGCUACUACCACACCUCUUCAAACAACCAAAGGUUCCGGAUCUUCUACAUCGAGCCAAGGCAGUCAAAGUGAGCAAGGUGAGCAAGGCGGCAAGAGCAGUCACGGUUCAAAGAAACACCCCCACGCUCAUCCAAAGCCUGCACCCUCCCCAAGCAAAGCUGGUCAAUUCAACAACAAAGGUCACGGUCACCAACCCAACCUUCCCCCCACCCAACCUUCCAACGGUAAUACCAACACAUUUGUUGACUGUUCUACCAAUGGAGGCGUCCUUGGUUUGGGAGGCUUGAAUGUCAAUAGCUGCAACGGUGGCAAUGGAGGUAAUUCGCUUGGUGGUGGAUCUUCGAACAAGAACAAGGGAGGACUUUUGCCUGGUGUUUUGCGCCGUUCAGAUGCAAUGGGUGAUGUUCUAGAAAACAUGCUCCCGUCGUCAGACGACGGUCAGGUCGAACGUCGUGAUCACCCACACCCAGAUGAACACCCGCACGCCCAUCCUCACGGGCAUCCCAAGCAGAUGAACGCAAAUGAUUAUUCAGAUGUUCCAAAGAAUGUGCAAUAUAGCCGUGAUGUGCAAGCUCAUCCUCAUCCCGGACCAAGUCACCCGGAGCAACACCCGCAAGCCCAUCCUCACGGACAUCCCAAGCAAAUGAAGGCAGAUGAUUCUUCAGAUUUUCCAAAGAACGUGCAGUAUAGCCGUGAUGUGCAAGCUCAUCCUCAUCCCGGAUCAAGUCACCCAAAGCAACAUCCUCACCCUGGGCAUCCUGAGCAGAUGAAAGCAGAUGAUUCUUCAGAUGUUCCAAAGAAUGUGCAAUAUGCCCGUGACGUGCAAGCUCAUCCUCAUCCCGGACCAAGUCACCCAGAGCAACACCCGCACGCCCAUCCCCACGGACAUCCCGAGCAGAUGAGAGCAGAUGGUUCUUCAGAUGUUCCAAAGAACGUGCAGUAUAGCCGUGACGUGCAAGCUCAUCCUCAUCCCGGACCAAGUCACCCAAAGCAACAUCCUAACCCUGCUCCUUCGCAUCCAAGCCCUCAAAGCGCCCACCUCGCUCGUCGAGAUGCGGCCAACAAUCAUCCCCAUCCUCACCCUGCACCGAUGGAGGAUGAAAAAAUGAGAAGUCGCAACGUGGAUAGCCAUCCUCAUCCUCACCCUGCACCGACGGAGGAUGAAAAGAUUCAAAGUCGCAACGUGGAUAGUCAUCCCCAUGCUCAUCCUCACGGGCAUCCCAAGCAAGAUAGUAAUGAAGUGAAUUCUGGACCGCGUCCAAGCCCUAAGCUUAACGAACAAUAAUGACUCUAAUCACGAACAAUAAUUUCUUUUCUAAUGAUUACUCUAUACAUACCACUCAAUUUAUCUUUUCAGACCAAAAGC